AUGUCGGCCAAAACAGAGACCUUAAAGUUCAAGAAGGACCCAACCAGCAGGCCCUACAAGUGUCCUAUGUGCGACAAAGCUUUCCAUCGACUUGAACAUCAGACUCGUCACAUCAGAACUCAUACUGGGGAAAAACCCCACAGUUGCUCAUUUCCAGGAUGCUUCAAGAAGUUUAGUCGUUCAGACGAACUCACCCGUCAUUCCAGGAUACAUUCGAACCCGAAUCUGAGGCGGAAUAAGAACUUGAAGGCUAAAGACGACGAAGAAGAAGACGAAAGUUCAGCUAAACACAAUACAUUUUCAUCGUUUUCGGCGGGAUUAUCGCCGCCUUCCACCAACGACUUUAUCGUCAACGGCGUCUCCUCCAUGAACAGCUCCAAAGAUGCCGACUCGUCCUCACUUCGUCCCGGUGUUACGGUUCCAUCCGUUGGACCGGUGCCUAUCGAGGGUUCAGGUUCUUCCGGCCUGACAGGUUCCGGUACAGGUUCUGGUUUAACAAAUUCUGGCUCCUUUGGCGGUUCCAUCGAGCACUCUGCAUCCACCUCCGUCGACUCUCACCACUCCAGCGACGAAGAUAUCCACUUGCGGUCAACGCUGCCUCCACUGGACGACGGGAAAAAACUCACGCUGAACAUUGACAUUCUCGCCAGCGCCGCAUCGGAAGAACUCAAGAACCUCGAGUCGAACUCGCAUUCCUUACCCACACUCACCGACUACUUUUCUCGUCCAUUGCAGAAACCCAAGGCGUCGACUCAUUCCGCCAAUAAUCUUCAAUAUCUACUGAAUGUGGCUCUAGGUUCUCCUCCACAAUCCAAAAGCUACACCACUCUUCCCUCUGCCAAGUUUUCAGGGCUCCUGGGGUUGCAGAGAAUGACUCCACUAGAUAUUGUCCAUCCUCAACCUACAAGACUGCACAUUUUGGAAGAACUGGAUCUUGACUAUGUCAAGCAAAAACUUAAGCGGUCGCGACCAAACUCUCCGCUGUCACGGAACAACUUUACCCUUCCCAAUUCGCCGGUUAUGGGGUUGUCGCUCCAAACAUCUCCUGCUAUUUCUGCAAAUAAUAGUAGUACCAAUUUGCUGGGACUUUUGAUGUCUUCGCUCAGCAAAUCAACCAGCAAUGUGGCAUCGUCAAUCGGUCGUCAGAACACACCGCCUACCACCGAUCUCGAAACCCCAAAACAUUCUCCUGGUGGACAGGAGGAUACCCACCUUCCGCCGUUGCGAAGUCUCAAGUUGGACCUCCCUAAUAACUUUAAGGCGCCAUUGGAGAACAAACGAUAUAGGGGCUUGUAA